AUGCAGUCACCUCGAUCUGGCAGAAUGCCGUCGUAUAGGGGCUACAUCGACGGAGGUAUCCCAUUUAGAGCAUCACCUAUGCGCUCUCAAUCGUCCCGAGAUAUGACUAGAUAUGGAGAAGGCGAAUUUGAUGGGAUGGGGGAGAAGGAAAGACUUCGACGUGCCCAGCGUUUGCCAGGGACGAGAGCACUCUGCUUCGACGAGGGCAUUGCAGAGCUAGUCGGUUCCAUCGCUGCGGCACACGAGCACCUUGAGCCUUUGAAAGGAAUAUUCGAAGAAGAGAUCCAACACAUUAGACCGUAUACGGACCAAGCGAUCAUCGACGCGUUGUGGGAGAUGCGAUUCGAACUAAAACGGAAGCCCAAUCGCCGCGUUUCGAAACGAAACGAUGAAAAAGAUGACGUUGGUCGUUGGAAGGAGUUCGCAAAAUCAAACAGGAAAGUCAAGCAGACGUCAGCCAGACUUGAGAACGCUCUAGUGGCUGCUGCUAAUGGGUUUAAGCCUACAAUUAGUCAACCUAGAAAGAAAAUUAAAGAAGCUGAAGACAAGGCCUGGAUUGAAAGAACAGUUUCGAAGCUCAAUAUCUCAGGAACUCAGUGCUUGGAGCUCCUCCGAGUGUCGAGAAAGAAGUACUCGCAAUUCGACCCAUUACUAGAAGAGCUCAGAUUUAUAGAGAGAAUCCUUGAACCUUGGAAGGCAUUUGCUGAUGGGGCGGGAGAAGGCGAGGAUGCAAUAUGGCUAGUACUGUAUGGUAGAACAGGAGGGCACGAUAGCCUUUCCCCACGUAGGUCGUUUAGUUUGAACUAUUUCCGCAAAAACGUCCCUCCCUGUAUAGCGAGAAACCCAUCGUGCCAAGAACAAUUCGUUACUUAG